UCGCGCUCUCGACCUGCGUAUCUCGCUCACUGUACAACUGGUGCAGCGUUUCGCAUCGCGUGCCGUUGUUCGUUGCAUUGAUAAUCAUGCAGUUGGUGUGACGAGUAGCGGCCAGCGCGUGUGUGCGCAGGUAUAUACGUGCACUUCUCGAGGGGAUAGUUCGCGGGUGGGGCUCGGGGUAACGUACCGCGAGAGCAGCGCGUGUGUUUUUUUUUUUUUUUUUUUAAAACUCGCGUGAUCGGGUGGGCCUGUAUAUACCGAUAUCCCGGUCGAGCAGCUCGAGAGGAGUCGGAGAGGGCUGGAGAUCCCGGCCCCAGGAUGAGGAGAGGCAGCGUAACCACCUACGCGGACGACAGCAGGCGGACGUCAGCCGUGAUGCCCUCGAGGGAGCGGCGCAACCCGAGCAACGCCCGGCACGAGUUCAGCCUCCAGGAGGAGGAGUACGAGAGCCCAAAGGGCAUGUUCAUCUCGUACCGCAGUAUCGCCUUCGUGUUCGUCUUCUUCCUGGCCAUCCUCAUCGUCGCGGCCUUUGCCGGCUACUACGUCGUCUCACCGCCCGAGGACGAGGUGCCGGACGGCCUGGCGAUACUGGCCCACGAGGACGAGGGCGGUGACGAGACGCCCGAGCUCUCGGCCUCGGUCAAGCCGCUGCGCUACAGUGUCGAGCUCGAGUUCACCGUUGCCGAUCCCACAGCCGGUGGGAAGGCCCGCGUCCAGCUCAAGGGCCGCGCUGACAUUGCCUUCGAACACACGGUCGGCAGCAGUCCCAAGCAGUUGACCGUCAACGCCAGGCACCUGUCGGUCAAGGCCCAUCGGUUGCGCGCCGUCUCGCCGGCGAGGCUCGAGCUGGCGACUCGAGCCAACAGGACCGACGAGGCGACCGGUACUUUUGUCAUCCUCCUCGAGGACUCGAUGGCCGAUGGCAACUACUCGCUGGAGAUCGAGUACGAGGCGCGGCCGGUGGACGCAGUCGCCUUGUACAACAACACGCGAGCCGGCAGCAAGGAGACAGUGCUCCUGGUGUCGAGGCUGAAGCCUGCCAGUGCCCCCCGCGUCUUUCCCACGCUGGGCGAGGCCGAGGCGAGGGCCAGCUUUUCCCUGACGCUGCUGCACCCCCGCGAUGCCAGGGCCCUUUCAAACUCGCCUCUGCUGGACUCGAGCGAGCUGUCCGAGGACGUGGUGAUCGAGGAGUUCGGCGAGAGCCCGCGGAUGCCGAGCCACGGGCUGGCCUUUGCGAUCGGUAGUCUCGAGCAUCUCGGGGAGUUGGCCCUCGGCAACGGGAGCAGCGUGGGCCACUGGGGCUGCGGCGACGAGCGCCACGAGUUUUACCUCCAGGACAAGCUGGCCCCGAUCGCCGAGGCCUUCUACGAGCUCUUCGGUCACGAGCGGCCGAUCGGUAAGCUGGACCUCCUCGCCGCGCCCGUCGACUUUGACGGCUCGUCCGCCCCUGGGCUCAUCGUCGUCAAGGAGUCGCUCUUUCACACGGGGGUCGGCUCGCCGGUGCUCGCCAAGACCAGGGCGCUGCUCAACCUGAUCGGACUAGUCGGCCAGCAGUGGCUCGGCGGCCUCGUCGGCGCUAAAAACUGGACCGACGCUUGGUACCUCGAGGGCUCCGUCCUCUACCUGCAAUACGCGCUCGUCGACAAGAUUGACCAGAGCCUCGAGGCGUCGGAGGACUUUUUGGUCGACGUGGAGCUCGAGGCCAUGGAAAACGACGGCUACCUCAUAUCGAAGGCCCUGAGUGCCAAGGUCGAGCACAAUCGAGUCGAGGCUUUCGACUUGGACGACAACUACCGCAAAGGCGCGUGCCUCGUACGCAUGGUGCACCAGGUGCUGGGCGAGGACGCCUUUGCCCGGGGAUACGCCGAUUUCAUCGAACGCUGGAGUCACUCGAACGCCGACGCCAACGAGUUUUUGCGCUCGGUCACGGGGAACGCGACGACGGGUGGGGUGGGCGAGUCGCCGAGACUGGACGAGGUCUUUCGCAGCUGGACGCGGCAGCCCGGCUAUCCCCUGAUCACCGUCAAGUGGGACCGCGACAACGACACCGUCACCAUACGCCAGGAGAAAUUCAACUUUGACGAGUACUCGAGCGACGAGGAGGAGCGCCCGGACCGCAGGCUGCGCUGGUGGGUGCCACUGACUUACGUGGACUCGCGAAGAAAUAACUGGUCCGAGCCGUCGGUCGUUUGGCUCAAGGGCACCGAGGAGAUGGUGCUCGAGAACUUUGGACGGGCCACGGGCCGCGACAACGACUCCUGGGUUGUUUUCAACGUGGACAAGCGCGGCUACUAUCGCGUCAACUACGACGAGGCGACCUGGCGGGGGAUCGGCUCGGCCCUACUGGCCAACCACACGAGCAUACCCCCAGGGACGAGGGCAGCUCUAAUCGACGACGCCUUGAGCCUCGCGCGCCAGGGCAGCCUCGACUACGGGACGGCUCUCGAGCUACUCGGCUACAUCGGCAACGCGGAGCUCGACUACGCCCCUUGGCGCGCUCUCGCACGGCACGCCUCGCAGCUCGACUUUGCCCUCUACGAGACCAACUCCUACCCCGAGUUCCAGGAGUUUAUGCGCAACAUCGCGUCGCAACUGUUCGACGAGACAAAGGCCAAGCUCGACCAGGGCUCGCCGCUGGCCGUCCUGGCCAUACAGCUGGCUUGCUCGUUCGAGAAUCAAAAGUGCACCAGCUGGGCGAGGAGCCAGUGGGACAACGUCUUAAGGGACAACGAGUACGCGUUGGCGAAGCACGUCCGGGAGACGGUGUACUGCGUGGGUGCGCAGCGGGGCGGCAGGGAGGAGUUGUCCCACCUGGUGCAGAAGCACGGGGAGACGAGCGACCGGGACGAGAAGAACCGACUGCUGUCGGCCCUCGGUUGCUUCCAGACUCCCUGGAUCCUGCAGAGCACCCUCAACGAGAUCCUCGAGUCGGACAAGUUCGACGAGCACGACGUCAGGGUGAUACUGAAGUCUUACUCGAAGAACCCGGCGGCUGCCCAGGCAGCUCGUAGAUUCGUCCAGGAGAACUGGAAGGAGAUCGUGAAAAGGUUCUCGCACUCGUACUGGACGAUGAAGGCGUUCGUCGAGGCGUCGACGAGCCUACUGUUCACCGAGCACGACCUGAACGAGUUCAAUGCCUUCCGGGACAAGAACAUCGACAGCCUGAAGGCGAUGGGACACUGGGUGGCUUUGAACGAGAUGAAGGCCUCCUCGUGGAUAUUCCGGCUCAAACAGUCCUUCGACAGUCUCCAGAGGUGGUUCAAGAGCCGCUCGAGCGACGACAUCUAGAGCUGCCGGGUCAACAGCGUGUACACGUGUAGUGAGCAUACGUGUACCAAAAUGUGUGUGAGCACACGAGAUCAUUGGUUUCAUUGGUUUAUCAAUAUCGUACAAAAUUAUUAUUUGUAGAUAACGAGUUUAACGCGUACCUUGCGAGUGCAAAGUUGGAUUUUAAAAAGUUCCUUGAGAAAUUCAGCGAAAUUUUUCUUUUCUCAAGGAUGGGAGGAAAAACAACGUGAUGGAAGAGGAUCGGAGGAGGUGGGAAAAAUAAAUAGAGAGUCUCGACGACGGACACGACGUGUUCUACCACAACAAUGUUUUAUUUCGUCAAAUGCUUUUUCUUUCCAAGCAUAAUUUAUUUAUAUAUAA